CUGAAAGUUCAGGUCCGUGGGCCCCCACAUGCCUGCGGACACUGUCAUCCAAGCCCAUGGACACUGUCCGGCCGCCGUCCGAGCGCUCCACAGGGGAAAGGCCACGCAGGCCGCGGCCGCGGGCGACCGCCCCGUCGCCCCGUCCGUAUAUAAGCGGCGCGCGCGCCUCUCCGAGCAUCAGACACGAUCACUGCUGAGAGCUGACUCGAACAAGAUGCUGCGUCACGUGCUUCUGGUGUGCCUGGUGGCGGCGGCGGCAGCCAAGGAGGCCGCCGUCAAAGAGGAGGUGGCCGCCGUCGUCGAGGAGGAGGUCGCCGACCUGGCCGCUGAGGGCAGUGUGAAGGAGAAGCGUCAGGUUGGAUAUGGCGCCCCCAGCGGCCCUGCCCCGUCCACGGGGUAUGGCGGCGGAUUCGUCCCGUCGGCUCCCUCCGGCUACAGCGCUCCGUCCGGCCCCGGCGGACUGGCGCCCUCGUUCGGCGCCGCUCUCGGAGGCGGCUUCGGCGGCGGUGCUGUCGGCGGCGGCAGCGGCGGCAAGUGCCGCGACGAGACCAAGUACAUCCUCACCUGGACCAAGGCCGUGAUCCCCGUCACCGUGUACGACACCCGUACCGAGUACCUGCCAACCACGCUCUACAAGUACGUCACUGAGACCGAGUACUACCCCCACACCGUGGUCCAGCUGGAGACCACCACCCGUGGCGGCGGCGCCGAGUACCAGGAGGAGACCAAGAUUGCCUACCGCACCAACACCGUGGUGAUUCCCCAGGUGGACACCAUCACGUCCACUCUGGUCUUCACCGAGGACGAGCACGUGACGGUGACGGAGACGGACCACUUCACCCAGACGCAGGCGCAGCAGUACCCGGUCGAGGUGACCGUCACCAGCGUCCAGCAGAUCCCGCAGGUCCAGACGUCUGUGGCCACCGAGUACCAGACCCAGUACCAGACUCAGUACGUCACCAACCAGUACGAGGUGGUGCAGACGCAGACGGCCAACGUGCCUCAGGUGCAGUACAUCACCAACACCGUCACCCAGCAGCAGUACCAGACCGUGGCCGUCACCAAGACCCAGAAGCGCUACCAGACGGUCACCAAGUGCGCUCAGCAGGGCUACCCCGAGCCUCCCCGCCGCUACUAGCUCCAGCGAACGGCUCACCCGCCAGCGCAGCGGCAGUUAUCGAACCGAGUCAGCUCUCCGUCAGUCUGUAUAGGCUAAGUCAUUAGGUUAAGGCGCGAAUUCCCACACUGUGAUACUGUUGACCAUUGUUGACCAGAGGAGCGGCGCGUGCUGAAGUGGUACACCGCUGGCCGGACCAGUCAGUCGCCCGUGACCUCCAAUGUUGUUUGUUUGAUGUUUGUGUAAGGGACUAUGUAUCCAUCGGUGAAAAUUGUCACGUCAACUCUAACCGAUGAUAAAGAUCAGCUGAUUGCCCAUAUUUUUGUAUGUCGUAUUUACUCCGUACAAACGUUUUUGUAAUAAAACAUAAAAGAGUA